AUGGCUUCCGUUAAAACAUAUUCAAUCUCAAGUAACUCUACAACAGCUUUUAAUACAGCAACAACAGUUGUUUCAACAGUUACUGAUGUAGUAGCUCUCUAUGUGCCUCUAAUCACUGCAGUAAAAAUUUUAGUUGAUGAAAUUUAUAAAAUUUGUAAUGCUGCAGAAUCUUUUGAUAAAUUUAAAAAAAUUUUGACAAAAGUUAAAGAUUUUACUAUGGAUGUAUCGAAUCUUAAAGGGUUUAAAAGGUUUAUUAAUGCACAAGAUGUAAAAACUAGAUAUGAAGGUUUAACAAAAGAAUUUGAUGAAUGUAUGCAAGACCUGCAUUUUGCUGUCGUUGUUAAUAAUCUAUUUGAUAAAGAAGAAGAAACUCAAAAUAUUGAUAAAGAAUUAAAAGAAGUUAGUCAACUUCUUAACAAACUCGGUGAUCAAUACGAAAAGUUGGCACAAGACGUAAACAUUAUGAAAGCUAACAAACAAGCAAGUGAAAUCAAUGAAAACAAGAUUAAUGAAAAUGAAUUAGUUGAUCCUACAUUUCGAAAAGAUGAUUAUGUACGUGGCAAUGUUGUCAAAAAGAUUUAUAAAUCAUUAAACGUUGAAGUUGCAUGCAAACCUGUUGAAAAUUCCGAACGUCAUGAAUCUGAAUUAACAAUUCUUAGCAAAAUAAGUCAAUCACCUCAUAUACUCCGUUUUUAUGGUCAUUCAACUGUUAAUAACCGUCAAGUUAUGGUUUUUGCAUGGGCUGAGCUUGGAACUUUAAAAGAACUUUAUAAUAAAUUUGAUAUUCCUUGGCCUAGAAAAAUACAAAUGAUUAAUGAUAUUUGUCGUGGUAUUUCAUUUUUACGUACUGUAAAUAUUUUUCAUCAUGAUCUUAGAUGUGAAAAUAUUUUUGUACUACGUAACUUGAACGUAAAAAUUGGAAAUUUUAAACAUGCUCGAAAAAUAGAUGAUAAUUCUCGUAACCUUAAAGAUUUAUUAGUUGAUAUUAUUCGUUGGAUGGCUCCUGAAUUAAUUGAGAAAAAAUAUAAGGAAGGAAGUAAACAUGUAAACGAAAGAGUUUAUACUUUUGAUUGUGAAAUGUUCAGUUUUGGAAUGCUUAUUUGGGAACUUUGUUAUGAAAAGGUUCCUUAUGAAAAUUGGGAUGUGCCACGAAUCAUAGAUCAUGUUUUAAAGGGUAAGAGAGAAAAUGUUUCUGAAGGAAGAUUUAAAAAUUCUGAUGAUAAAGAAAUUCAGAUAGAAUUUAUUAAGAUCAUUAAUAAAGCAUGGCUUCAUACCCCAAAUUCACGAAUAUCUAUUGCGGAGCUAAGCUAUAAACUUGAUGAAUUGGCUGAAAAAUAUCCACUUCCUCAUGAUACACCAUUGCUUUUACAGAAUAAUGAAUUAGAUUUUGAAGGAAAGAAUUGUCAAGAUUAUACAGAAUGUUUGUCGCCAAAGUUAGAAAUAAAAAUUGAGGAUCAGAUAAAUCAAGUUAUUACGGAAUCCUUACUUCCAAGCUUUGAUGAUGAUCCUGAGGAAAUUAUUGAGGAAAAUGAUAUUAUUGUGCCACUUGAAGAUGGUGUAAAGUUGCAUAAUGCAAAGAAAUAUGAAGAUGCAUGGAAAUGUUUCAUACAAAAUUCUGAACUUCCUGCUGCAAAAUUCUGGCAAGGUUAUUACUAUUACAAUGGAUAUUUCGUAGAAAGAGAUCUAGAUAAAGCCAGAAAUCUUUUUAAAGAAGCUGCUAAUGAAAAUCAUACUGAAUCACAAUAUCGGUAUGCGGUUAUGUUACUUUCUAAAAAAGAGGAUGAUGAAACUGCAAAAGAUAAAAAUCGUCAGGAAAUUAUACGUUAUUUUAAAUUAGCGGCUGAAAAGAAAAAUAUUGAUGCAAUGUAUUAUUUGGGUGAUAUUUAUUUGAAUGGAAAACUUAGAGUACCUAAAGAUGAAGAGCGUGGAUUAAGUUAUUUAAAAUUAGCUGCCAAAAGUAAUAAUAAGAAGGCAUUAGAAAAAUUAGAGAAGCUAG